AUGGACAUAGGUUCAGCACUAGAGAGUGAUUAUCCAAGAAGACUUGCGAAGAAGAGGUCUCAUACAAGAAGGGGUGCCCAAGAUUGUCUCAUCAACAUGGCCGAAGCAAUAAGAGAAAUUGCUCAUGGUUUACACCUCCAUAGAUCAUCUUCAUCUUCGUCUUGUGUUUCAAAAAGGGAUCCUACCAAUUUGUUAGAGUGUUUGGUCAGUGUGAGAUUAAUGUUUCAGGGCUUGGAUUUGCGCAGAGACGAGAUGGGCAGGGAAGGGAAAGAAAAGAAACGCCACGCCAGGCAAAGGCGAAACUGA